GGCGAAGGAAUGUAUGGUUAAAAAAACGUUGCAAGGAGGAAUGUAUUCUCUCUACUGACGUUGAUGAAAGACGUGGAAUGAAAAAUAAUCAGAAAUGCCUCGAAACAUGAACGGAAGCAGACACGAAGGCCGAGAAGAUGAGAGCGGAAUGCUGUGGAAGCUUCCAGUUUUGAAAUCUUCCAGAAUCGGAAGGUUAGGUCCCGCCUUCGGCCUCGGCGUUGGUUGUGGCGUCGGCUUUGGCAUCGGCCUCGUCGGAGGUGCUGGAUUUGGUCCAGGAAUUCCUGGCCUACAACUUGGCUUUGGUCUUGGUGCUGGAUGUGGAGUUGGCUUAGGAUUUGGCUAUGGUGCGGGCAGGGGCAUUGCGCAAGAUGACAAACGAAGAUACUCUAACGUUGGGGAUCUGUUAAAUGGUCAUCAAAGUAUUUUUCCUCAUAGGGACGAGAUCGGCGCGCUUGUCGACGAGCUCGCCCUCAAUACAAAGAAGCUUAUCCGAGUUACUGCAAGGGAGAUUGACAAGUGGAAAAGAUGAAGUUCUCUGCGUUUACAUUAAGGUCCAAUCCCCUUCCCCCAUCGUUAGUAAGAUCCAUAAUCAAAAGCAUAGAAGAAGGAAAAACNAAAAAGAAUUGAAAUCAUGUUCAAUGGUUAUUAAAGAACAGGCUGAUUUAAGUUGCCUUCAACAAUAUAAGAUCAUCGGCCAUAUUUUAGUGAUUAUAUUCUAUAAUUUCGACCUUUUAGUAUC